AUGCCAUCUUCAUCAUCAUCAUCAACCAAAAGAAAAACCAAAGUUGAUCAGACUCAAGAAAGACAAUCUAAACGUCAAAAACCACUUUCUCAACAUGAUUUCUUUCAAGCUUUUUCAAUUCAAUCGACUACUUCUACUGCUAAACCCACUCAAUCAUCAACUCAUCAUGAUCACAUUGACCUUUUAUCUGAUGAUGAAGAUGACAAGAGACCUUUCAAACCAGUUUCAGAUUCAUUUAAAACAUCCAAUUCUAGAUCAACUUCUAAUCACAUCAAAACAUCUCAUUUCACUGCUUCAUCUUCAAAAACCAUAUCAACAACCAAAUCAUCAAAACAACCUAUUACUACUACUAUAGAACCUGAAACAUCUCUAUGGUCUGAAAAAUAUACACCAAAGAAACCAUCAGAACUAGCUAUCCAUCCUAAAAAAACAGAACUCAUUCAAGGUUGGUUAAAAGAAGCACUCACCGGUUCAACUUCGAUUCGAAAGUAUCGAAGGUUACUCAUCUUAGGUGGUCCAGCAGGGUCUGGAAAAAGUGCUAUUAUCAGAUCUCUUGCUGCACAACCCUCUGAACUUCAAUCAGAUCGAAAACCAACACCUACACUCAAUCGGAAUGGAAAAUCUAAAGCUAAGACUGAUGUUGAGAUUCAACCCAUCGGAUAUCAAAUCUUGGAAUGGCAAGAGGGUGGUGGUGAUCCAACUUCUUUGAAUUUCUCAAGGUUAUCUGAGUUUCCAAUUUGGCUAAUGAGAGCGAGUUAUGGACCAACCCUUUUAUUUGACGAUCCUCAAGACACUACUCAAAACCCUACACCUCUCGAGUCUAGUAACAAUCUCAAAGCUUCACAAUCAUCAAUCUCCUCUCAAAGCACACCAACACGCAAGUUACUCUUGGUAGACGAAUUACCGAAUUUACAUCACGAUCAAACUCUUUCAGCUUUUUGUGAAGCGCUUAAGCUUCAUUUGAAUAGUACGAGAUCAUCAACUCCACCUUUGGUGGUGAUUAUCUCGGAUACGACUGUAAGGCCAGGUGAAGAAGGAGCCGAUAAUGUGUUAUCUAAUCAAGCUCAAUUUGGUCAAAGAGGAGGAAGAUUUAAUUCAGAAGAAAAAGGAAUGAGUGUAAGAAGUUUGAUUUCACAAGAUAUCUUAGAACAUCCAUCAUGUAGUUUUAUUAAAUUGAAUUCAGUCAACAAGACGAUGAUGAAGAAAAUGUUAAAUCGGGUUUUGGAAAUAGAAGAAGAAGGGGUUGUAGGGAUUCCGAAACGAAAGAAACUUGGGCUGAAAGAAUUGGAUGAGAUCAUUGGGAUCUCUAAUGGUGAUAUUCGAUCGGCAUUUAAUAAUCUUCAAUUCAUGGUCCAACUUCCUGGUCUGGGGAAACCGUAUGGGAGUAGUAGUAGUAAGUUCAAAGUUCUGGAUCAAGAUGAUGGUUUAAAGAAUCGUGGAAAGAAAGUAGAAAGUCUUUUAGGUUCACGUGAAUCGUCACUUGUUCUUUUUCAUGGAUUAGGAAAAGUUUUGUAUAACAAACGUAUGGGAUGGGGAGAUGAUCCAGUAGAAGAUUUAAAGGAUAAACGAUUCAGACCUACUAAACCGGAAGAUGUACCGGAUUUUUUACACGAGUUUUCAAGACGACAAUUAAAGACGGAUAUUGAAGCUUUGUAUUCAGAAAAUGGAAUGAGUCUUGAUUAUUUUAUGGGUUAUUUGUUUCAAAAUUAUUUAGGAUUCGUUAAUGAGAUCGAAGAAGUAGAAGUCUUGAUGGAAUAUAUGAGUUUUUCAAAUUCAGAAAUUAAUUUAAGUUUUGAUAAUUGGAACCAAAAACCGAUUAGUUUAUUCUAUCAAUUUCAUAUAACGAUCCGAGGGAUUUUGAUUGGAUUACCAACACCUGUGAAACGUAAACAAGGGAAAGAACAAUCUAGGUUUAAGAAAUCAGAAGAAUGGGAUCAAGUUAGAAAGUUAAAUGAGAAUUCAAAACAAUUAGAAUCGUUUAAAGAUUUUGAAAUCAGUUUAAGAAAUCAAUCUGAAGGAAAUCGAAAUGGAUUGGUUGAAAGUGAGGGGUUAGCGAAACUUGGAUGGAGAAUUAGAGAGACUGAUGAGAAAGGUGUUUUUGGGCGGUUGGGUUUGGGUUUGGACAGUGUUGAAUGUUUCGAAAGAUGUUUUGGCAACUGA